AUGACGUGUGGGCCCGUGAAAAUCGCCGUGGUGGUGGGCUUGGCCAUACUCUUGAUUGCCUCGUUGGCGCUUCCCCUGAGGGAUUCUAGGAGCAAGGAGUACAUUAGGGCAUCAUUAGGCCAUGUCGAAGGUCCUUCGCUCCUCGAGCCUUCGGUGCAGGUGGCAUCGAAGGGCGCAGAUCCCGGGUGGGGCACCAGCCGGCCGGACACAGCAGCAGCUAUGACCUCCUACGCUGACAGACUCCGACGGCCACUCCCCACAGGCCCCCCCUAG